CGCGUCGUAGCCAAGAGGGUCGGUAGAGAGUCUUUUGGUGCUCUCUCCGUCGCGUAAUUUCUGUGUCCCUUCUUCGCUGCAUUUAUCUACCAUACCAUCUCUACGAGAUCAAAUCUCCGGUUUAAUUUUUCGAUUCCCUUCGCGACUUUCGACAGCGAUCGCGAUCGCGAUUUUGUUUGCUGUUAGAAGUCACCGAAGGAUUUGAAGAAGGAUCAGAGUUCCUUGUAUGGAGGCCGACUCGUGGAAUUCUCACUUUUCAGUAACAUCUUCGCGACGCUACCGAUCUCGGUCGGGCCUGUACCAAGGAGAUCAUGAAGAAAUUGAAGAUGAAAAUUCGAGGGCUGAGUUUUUGUGCCCGUUUUGCGCCGAGGAUUUUGAUAUCGUAGGUCUUUAUUGUCACGUCGACGAGGAGCACCCGGUGGAAGUCAAGAACGCGGUAUGUCCUCUUUGCACAAAGAGGGUGGGGAUGGAUAUUGUCGGCCAUAUCAUCUCACAACAUGGGAGUCUUUUCAAGUCGCAGAGACAGAGGAGAUUGCGAAAAAUUGGAUCCAAUUUGACCUUUUCGAAGCUGAGAAAAGAGCUUAGGGAAGGAAACUUAAGAUCCCUUCUUGGUGGUUCUUUACAUACUGCCCCCACGAGUACUGAACCGGAUCCAUUGUUGUUUUCAUUUACUUCUAAUCUGCCUACGGUGAAUAAACCUGUGAGAGUGCAGUCUUGUUCAUCAGUCGAAGUAAUUUCAUCACAGGGAAGCUCCAAGACUGAGUCUUCAGAGAGGAGCAACGUCCCAAGGUUGCCGGCUUCAAAUAAAGAUGAGAAGGAGAAGGCUCAGAAAUGUGAGUUUGUACAAGGGCUUUUGAUGUCUACCAUUCUUGAUGAGUUAUGAUUGGACACGGGUUCGGCAGAGGGAAAGAUAUGCCAGAUAUAUUAUGGAACCACGAGCGUAGGUUAUCGAUCGGGAUGGAUCGGUAUGACUUGGAUAUUGCAGCAGGUGGGAAUAGUUAUUAGGUAAUGUAAGCUAUGCAAUGUUCUAUCCAGAGGUAUAUAUGUGCAUAAAUGGAAAGAUGGAAGUUCUGAUACUUUUCCUAUGUUAUUAACACUUAGUAAUAUGAUAUGAUAAUGCAACUCUUAAUCAUAGAUGGUCGGUCUCCAAACUCAUCCUCUACAAUUUAAGAGCUUCCUUGGAAAAAUGUUCCAAGCUGUUUAAGUUGUUGCCUAGACUGCUAAUAAAUGUGUUGGUAGACUUCCCUGUUAAAGCA